AUGUUUAGGAACAUGAAUCGCGGGGAACACUUUUCUGGGGUGCAGACGCCUCCAUCCACUCCCGCCGGGCAUGGAGUGGCCUCUCUCCAGCAACCAAACCAGGAGAGCUCGUGGAUGGGCAUGUUCUCCGUGGUUUCUAGGCCCGCCCUGUCAUUUCUGCAAAAGUAUUUACCAGGGCGCCCUCGGACUCCUGCCCUGUCCGACAGUGUGUCAGGAUGGGUCAGUGGGGAUUUCAAGCAGAACUUUGUAGAGGCAGAAAGUGCGUUUUUAGGACAACUGGACAUCUUGCCUGGAACUCCGCACCAUGCACACCACCUAUCGUACCUGCAAUACCAGCAUGGACGCCUUUGGCUACCAGUGUCAGGUAAUAGUAGUAUGAGUUGGUUGACAGCAGAUUUUCUUAGCGAGUUAGGGAUUCGAAAUGCUGCUGAAAUUGACUUACAUUUAAGGCAACAAACUCCGGUAGGAUACCUCGCAACCGGUUUUCUCAGUCAAGUUUUGUUGAACGCAGCGUCGUCUCAGGAAAUGAAACACGCCGAGCAAGGGCACGUACUUGCCGGGGACAGUUUGUCAUCAGACGCGGUGACAGCAAGGGCAAAGCGUAGUAUCGCUAGUAACUGGUGGGGCGGGCUUUGGGGAACCGAUGACUAUGCUCAAGGGUUGCUGUCAAAUUUGUCAUCGAGCAAAGAAGGGACUGAGGCACACAAUCACAGCAGCAACGGCCAUUGUCGUCAACCAGAGUGUGGCACAAAGGCCGCAGUUACCAUGCCAACAGAGCUGUUUGUACAGUGCAAUGAUGGCGAAAGGACUGGACCCUUCUGCUACAAAGAGGAGCCAAAGGACAAUGGAAGCCUUCAAACGGCCACCCGGACAGAAUCUCUCCCUAGCCCUGAUGGUCUCCCCUUAGAUCACAGAGAAACAGUCUGUAUCAGUAGUCAUAUUGUAAGUGUUGCAGCUGUCACUGCCUGCAGUGAGUUGGCAGUUCUCACCCCUGACCAGGAUAAUGGCUAUUCCAGUCUGGAAGAAGAACACUCUACCUCUAGACUGUACAUGUUGAGGCUUCCCUGUGAAGAGCUACAGGGGAUCACAGAGAUAAAAGAAGAGACAGACACACCAACACAGGGGAACUCUGAGAAGAGGGAGCCAGAGAGAGAGGCCUUAGAGGAGAGAGAAGAGGGUGAGAUGGCCGCCACUGGAGGAACGGAAGGAGAGGAAGAGGUUGAGGACUCGGACGUCACAGACUCUGAGGAAGAGGAAACGGCGGCCGCUCCGCCCCCCUCCACACCUCAGUGCAGUAACAAGGCUAUUGCCUACAUCAUGGGCAGCCCCUGCAGCGAUGACAGCCAAUCAGACGACUUGCUCAGCGAGGAUGACGAUGGUUUCGAUAGUGAUGGCUCGUCAGAAUUCUCAGAUUCCAAGGCACUGGAUGAAGAUGAUGAUGAUGAUGAUGAAGAAGAGGAGAAUGCGUCUGAUUCAGAGCCGCCAGACUCAGAAACAGAGAGACUGUGGAACUCGCUGUGCCAAAGCAGGGAUCCCUAUAACCCCCAGAACUUUACCGCCCCCCUCAACACCACCCCUAGGACCAUCCUGUCCACACCUACAGCCGCAGCAGCCUGCUCCCUUCAAGCCUCACCUCCAGAGCAACCCCCCUCUCCCUUCAACCCCUCUUCCCCCUCUCCUGCAGAUGAGUUUGGCUCUGGGGAUGAGUCCUGCAGCAGUGAGGUGGAUGAGGCUGAGAGCCUGAGGCUGUGGAACUCCUUCAGCUUCCCCUCAGACCCCUACAGCCCUUUCAACUUCCAGGUCCCGCUCAGGACUAGAGAGCCGACUGGGACAGGGGCAAAAGCAGGUGCAGGGACACGUUGUAAGAGGAGCAGCAAGACAACCCCAUGCUCCCCCCGUCAUGAACAGGGCCAGGGACAGAGCCAGUACAGGGAAGAGGUGGCAGAGGAGAGGCUAGACAGUGGCUUCUCAGAGACCCUCGCCAUCCCAGAGACCACCACCAUGGGCUGUGUCACAGUAAAAAGGGUCAGUAUGACUUCAGACACUGCUCUCUCUAGUGGAGAGUUCGUCAUAGGCCUAAAUAAUGUUACAUGCACUGUUAUACAUCUCUUCCUUAUAAUGUUUUUUCUAAAAUUGUAGGUAGGCCUAUUCUUACUUUUUAUUAGUCACAUUGUCAUCCGUGGACCUUGGUCACUCGCAUUCUUGUGACUGUUGUAAAAUGUGGAAAUCCAUUGACUCAUAAAAUGAUGAAUCUUCCCACUCAGCAGUCAGAAACUGCUGUAUUUGUAAAUGAGUAGCUGAAGAGGAAGUGUUUUAUCUCCUGUAGUGUACUUGCUGUAUUAUAACAGUAUGUUACACUCUGCUACUCCCCUUUUAAUCAUUCAUAGAUGGGUCAAGGAGUUUUUCCUGACCAUGUGAGUGAGGUGAUGUGACCAGAGUUUUUCUAGGUGAAGUCACGUGGUUUAUUUGUUUAUUUUUUAUUUUAUUUCACCUUUAUUUAACCAGGUAAGCCAGUUGAGAACAAGUUCUCAUUUACAACUGCGACCUGGCCAAGAUAAAGCAAAGCAGUGCGAUAAAAACAACAACACAGAGUUUCAUAUGGGGUAAAACAAAACAUAAAGUCAAAAAAUACAACAGAAAAUAUAUAUAUAAGGUGUGUGCAAAUGUAGCAAGUUAUGGAGGUAAGGCAAUAAAUAGGCUAUAGUGCAAAAUAAUUCCAAUUAGUAUUAACACUGGAAUGAUAGAUGUGCAAGAGAUGACGUGCAAAUAGAGAUACUGGGGUGCAAAUUAGCAAAAUAAAUAACAAUAUAGGGAUGAGGUAGUUGAGUGGGCAAAUUUCAGAUGGGCUGUGUACAGAUGCAGUGAUCGGUAAGGUGCUCUGACAACUGAUGCUUAAAGUUAGUGAGGGAGAUAAGCCUCCAGCUUCAGAGAUUUUUGCAAUCUUUAUUUGGAUCCCCAUUAGCUUUUGCAGAAGCAGCAGCUACUCUUCCUGGGGUCCACAAAAAAACACAAAACAUGACAAGUAACAAAACACUGAUGCACUGUUUUAGGGCUGGGCUGUAGUUAGUCGUAGGGCUGGGCUGUAGCUUAAGCAGACAGUAGUACAGCAAAUUGACAGCUGUUAGACCGAUAGCAGUGAGAGCUGUGAAACGUGCCUGUCCAAGUCAGUGGAAUGGAAGAUAAUCACCAUGAGAGUAGACUUAAUCAACAAUGAGCAAAAUCCCACAGAUGUCUUUGAAAUGCUCUGGCUUCAUUCUCCAUGCCCUUUCUAUUACAUUACCCUCCUAUUAGGAGCACAGAACUGCCAUGUUACUUAGCAACAGUGCUAACUGGGCAAGACAGAGGGAGGGAAAGACAUUUCUUGAAUUUCUCUGAUGGCCUUAUUUUUUUCCCUUCUCUGGCUUGGUGCAUCAGCUCAUAACCUUCUCGCAAUGCUCCUACAACAUUUUCCCAACCCUCUAUCCCAUGCUGUGCAGAUUCCAGUGUCUUUUCAUCUUUAGUUAAGAACCUCAGCUCUGAAUACUGUAUGUUAGUAGCCCCAGUCUGCAGUACUCAGUGGGUUGCUGCUUAUGGAGGCAAUUUAGUGUGUCUCUAAUGUGCUACGGGCCAUCCAUCAAACAGCCAUUUCAUGGUGAUACUAAUUCAGCUUCUCCCACUCUUUAACUCUACCUCACUUCGCCUCUCCACUUUCUGCUUCUGCCCGAAUGGUUGCUGAUGUAGUAGGAUAGAUGUGUAGUGAGUUAAAAAAAAAAAAUCUGAAGAGAGCUGGAGCAAGUGUGUUUUUCCUUGUGUGUGAAUGCCAGGGUUUAGGCCUGCAGUUUCAAAUGAAAGUGUUUUUGGACAUAAUUGUAGUUCUGGGUUUUGGAUGCAUUGUGUCCUGCAGUUCUUUCAGAAUAUUUAGGAAUAUAACCCAGGUAUGCUUUUUAAAUAUCCCCCAGGUGUUUAGCGAUGUCGUUCAAAAAAAGUUAAUGUAAUUUUCAGUGACGUGUUGGAAGUUGAGAUCUCUGUUGUCACAUGUCUCCGUAGCAGGUGUGUUUUAGUGAGGAGGUUGUAGUCUAUGUUGAGCUGACUUAUGUUCUGUCGCAUUCCAGGUGUGUUUCCGUGACGAGGUGGAGGAGUUCUACGCCAGCGAGGACGAUGAGGACCGGUGCGGGCCGUGGGAGGAGCUAGCCAGAGACCGUGCUCGUUUCCUCCGGCGCGUUCAGGAUGUGGAGGACGGCAUCAGCUACGUCUUCAGCCCUACCUUCCGCCUCGCCGUCUACCAGAGACUACAGCACCACAGCUGAUCCUGACCUCUGACCCCUAAUGUCCUACAACACUGCUGAUCAUCAGUCCUGUUUCUCUGUGACCCCUCUAACACCAAUCCCAUCUUCAACAGAAUGCAUCAGAACUUCUAAGUCAUGCUGCAUCCCCUUCUCCCCUUCCCUGUCAACCCCCACCACUGACCCCAAAACCUCAUCUUCAACCUUGACGUGUAGAAAAGACUACAUCAGAGCGGUUGAGAAACCCCAUACCCCCCUCACCCAUCCCUCCUGACCCCCCUUACCGUCAGUCUGGGGUGUUGGAGAAGAUUUGACAAUAGACUUCUCUCUUCACCGCCCUCUUCCUGAUCAUUUGCUGUUUUGUUUUUAUUUAACCUCAGUGGAGUGAUUACCUAAUUUAUAAUGUGAUUCAAGAUGACUGCAUACUGCUAACUAGGAGGUAUACUGGUAAAGGUGUACUGGUAAUGUGAAGGUAUAAGGGCUUACUGGUUCCAGUGGGAUAAAUUCAGUGGAACACAGAGCAGGUCUUGUGUUGGGCUGUGUGCUCAGUAACCUGACUGAAACGCAGCUCUACUCGAGACACUUCAGUCAAGACUGUUCUUUAUCUUUAGUUUUAAAAUUGCUUCGAUUUUUUUAUCCCGUUGAUUUAACUGCACCUUUUGGAGUUGUGCUGUCCUUCUCUCUGACAUGUGCCAUCUGGGUCUCUGCUCUGUAGUGUUCUCAGUUUCAUGUUAAUCUGAUCCCAGGCCUGCCUACUGUCAUGUUCAGUAUUUAACAGAGGUUCAGUAUAAUCUCCCUGAGCAAAUGUCACACUGCUCCCCGGAGCUGAAUCAGGUUGGUUAAGAGCUUUUGGAAAACAAACCUGGUUUGAAAUAACAGAAGAAAAAUAAAUAAUUAGAGGCUUCCUGUAACCCAUGACAUGCAGAGUACACAUUAACGUUGAAAGUGUUCUAUUUGAUUUGAUCAUAAGCAGAGGGUGUAAACCUACAGUAUGUUGAUGUGUAAAGCAAGCCUCUAAACUGUAUUGAUGGUAAAGUGUUGAAACCAAGCCUGUGUUGGUGCGGUGUGUUCCUGGUUUCGUUUAUUAGCCAUUGACUUCAGUUCUAUCGUAUGUGUAUUAUUAACUACCUACAAAGACAAAGACGCCCCUAACUGGCUCUUCCUGUAUUUACACCUGCAGACAGAAAGACAGACAGAGGGCACUUAUUACUUCCUCAUUACAGCCCACAGUAUGAAUACACUAACCAUCAUAGAAUAGACAAUAGCAUUGCUCUGCUUGUGGCCUAUACAUUAAUGUCCAAGACACACAAAAAAAUUAUCUCUGGCCGCAAGCCAACGAUCAGUAGAGGUCCUCUCUGACUAUUUCUUGCUGAAGUGAAUGCUUAUAGGUAAGGGUGAAGUGAAAUUAUUUGCAUGAUCCUUGCAUCUUUAGUGGCCUCCUCCUCGUCUACCUCCCUUAGUCAUCACUGUGGUUUCCUCUAACAAAACAAUAUUGCUUUAAUCUAUCUACAGUUUGCACCAAUAGGUUUCCUUCAAUGUGUUCACUUUUCUAGAGCUUGCGUCCAUCAGUGGUCAUCUAGGAAAGGAGACGAAGAAAGCAAGCAAUCUAAGACGUCUCCAUUUAUAGACUACCUAUCCCCACUAUUUAUUAACCCUGUCAUGCCUGUACAGACCUAGUGUUGUGUUACUCAUUUUGAGGGGUUAAUGUCUCCGCUGUGGCUGAAGAGUUAACCUCUGGUGUGACCAGGUGGAAAGAAAGCAGGGAUGUGAAAUGCACGCUGUUCUGAAGUGAUUCUCAGUAUGAUGGAGAAAAUAAAAUAUAUAAAAGAUGUGCUCGGAUAAUUAAGAAUAUAACUCAUUUAACUUGGUGUUAUUUUAGUCAGUACAAUUAACAUGAAAUUGAUUUAUUUUUGUAAAACAGUUUAG